AGGGAAAUAUUGGAUUGGAAUGAGGUUCAAUGACACUUUUCCGUGCAAAAGGAAAGGUACCGCAAACCAAUGGAUCUAUAGCGGAUGGGGCAGAUGGGGCAGGUGGAAUAUUUUGAAUGAAGAGCCUGAAGGUUGUCCUGUCCAGGAAUGUGUUAUUAUUUACAACAAUGAAAUGUUCACCUGGUGGUGUUAUGUACUAUUGCAAGCUCUGUGUGAGACAGGUGUUUUUCAUGCAUCUAUUCAAACAACUGAUUCCGAUCAGACUACGACGUCAUCAGAAGAGGACGAAGACUUUGUUGAUUGGUCAACUGUUGCCACAAUGACGUCAUCAGAAAAGGACGGAGACUUUGUUGAUUGGGCAACUGUUGCCACAAUGACGUCAUCAGAAAAGGACGGAGACUUUGUUGAUUGGUCAACUGUUGCCACAAUGACUCCUACAACUUCUACUUCGUCAGCCAUAUCAGCGACUAAGUCUCUGGUCGAUUCCGACGUAGAAAAUGGCAUAUGCGCUAAAUGUUGUUCCAACAAAAAACAUCCAAGUCUUGACCAAGAUGAACUUGACGAUAUGCUUCUUGUGUUGAGGGUUCAAUUGGUAGUAAACAAAGCCAAGCUCUCUGCCAACAGGCGUAAACUGAUCAGUGUGUAUGACACGCGGCCAAGUAGUGUAGCCAUGGGAUGUAUGGCUGGUGCUAUCCUGGUCACGGUUGUCGGAAUCAUUGUGAUACCUGACGCCAUCUCUCUUUGUAGGUUCGUUUUCAAACUCUUUAAAUCUCGACGCAAAACUUCGGUUGUAUAGUUUUCACAUGCCAAACGCAGCAUUUUAGGCAUAUCAAGACGUCUUUUUAAUAAUAUAGGUCACGAUAGUUUGAAAUAACAGAAGUAUCGAAUCUAAUAUUGACAACGAUAUCCAACCAAAGGGGGACUUUUCUAAUCAUGCAGUAGCCUUCGAUUCAAAUACAAUUUUGGAAAAUAAAGUAUAGGUUUUCUGAUGACGUCAGUGAUAACCAGUAUUGUGACGUCAUCGGCUAUUAUACAGUGUUGUACCAGUCAUAUGCAUGAUGCUUAAAUAAACUGUUGUGGAGUUCCUUUAUUUAUUUUUUUUUCUUCUACAUUGUUUCUGUCUUUCACUGGGAUUUGUUUGG